AUGACAGAUGGAGCAUUGCCGAAUUUGUUUCUGAUUGGGCUUAUACUUGACAGUGUGGAGAAGCGGGCAUUUGUUAACCAGACUGUGAUUUUGCCGAUGAAGGCAAGAAGGAUUCUGAAUGCUCUGAAGAGCUGCGAGGAAUCAAAAAUAUUUCUGAGCAGGGUUACAAAGAGAGAAGCGCCUGAUUAUUACGAAGUGAUAAAGAGGCCAAUGGACUUGAGCAUUGUGCAGAAGAAGAUUGGAAAAUACAACACCUUUGAAGAGUUUAAGGACGACCUGGACUUGAUAUGGAGCAACUGUCUUGAGUACAACCAGGCAAAGUAUUAUCGGGAGUGUGCAUUGAAGAUGGCGGAUGUGGUGUCUUCGUUUGAGAUUGAUGUGAAGGCAGUGCCUAUUGAUGAGGAGAUUCUAGAGAUACAAACUGUUAGUGAAGGGAAAGUCAUUGGUGGAAUUGUUGCAGAUUGUGAGGUUUUAAACAUGGUUUGCAAGAUUAUUAUGUCGGUAGGAUAUUGCUCUGCAUCGAAGAUAGCGUUGAAGGUGUUUUGUGAUGUUGUAAAGCAUAAGAUCUCGAAGAUUGUGAGGGAGCAGAUGCAAAAGCAGAGCAUGUUUGUGUAG